AUGGAGGAACACAAAGAUGCUAAACACUGUUUUCAUAACUCUUCUUGCAGGAAGGCUUCGCUAUCGACAUCUAUAUACAUAACACUGUACAUUUUGUUCUCAUUAAUUUCAGCGGUUACAGUAUUUUUGAACAUACUGGUGAUCAUCUCGAUCUAUCACUUCAAGCAGCUCCACACUCCAACCAACCUGCUCAUCCUCUCUCUGGCUGUGACAGAUUUCCUGGUAGGACUAAUUGCGAUACCAGUAGUGACUGUGGCAGUAAUGGAAUCAUGCUGGGUUUUUGGGAAAUAUUUCUGUGUGUUUUUUCUCUUCAUCGGUUACUUAAUUAUUUCUUUAUCUCUGGGCAAUUUGGUUUUGAUAUCUAUUGACCGUUAUGUAGCUGUGUGUUAUCCCUUGUUGUACCACUCAAAAAUAACAAUACCAAGAAUUAUCUGUUGGAUAUUGAUUACCUGGUGUUGGUGUAGCAUAUACAAUGCUGCUAUUUCAAAUAACUCUGUAACUCUACAGGCAUGA